UAGUGAGAGUCCAGUCCAUAGUGGAUCUAAAAUAAUAAUGAGAGUCCAGUCCAUAGUGGAUCUAACAUAAUAGUGAGAGUCCAGUCCAUAGUGGAUCUAACAUAAUAGUGAGAGUCCAGUCCAUAGUGGAUCUAACAUAAUAGUGAGAGUCCAGUCCAUAGUGGAUCUAGUAAUGAAUGACUAGUACAGUGGAUCACUGGAGUAAAUUAGUGAUUAGAGAGCUCACUCUUAUCUGCAAACAGUAUUAAGUUGAGGUCGCUCAGUGCCAGCUAAAAAGAGAGAAUCACCUGUUGGUCUUCAUCUCCUCAGCAAGAAAAGGAGGAACAGCUGCAGCAACAGGUGGACAAAUCUAGUGGAAGUUGUCAUGUUGGAUUCCUUGAUGUGUUCAUGAAAGAAACAAGUCUAGCAUCCUUCAGCAGCCAAUCCCAAUCAAGAUCACCACCUCGGCCACCAAAUGAAAAAAGUGUUUUCACAUUUCCUCCACUGGACAUGCUUGGCAUGUGUGCUUGGAUUUAGAGCUGGUAAGCCCGGAAGGUCUGUUGUCCUCCUGCAAGGACGUCCUGCGACCACCCAAAAUAUCUCAGCAAUGCCACGCAGGAGCGUGUCAAGAAUAGAUCCACAAUGGGCUCUGCGCUUGUCUUCUGUUGUCUGAGGACGCUCACUUGUCUGCUGGGGGACUUGGGGAGAGUUUCCCCUGAUGGUCACUUCUGUCUUCUCCAAUGGAUCGCCGUGGAUUUUAGCUCCCGGAGCUGUGACCAACUGGAUGUUGUUUGGUGUUUCUGGGUGAGGUGAAACAUGGCGUGGUCCAGUCCUUUGGAAGUCGUCCUUCUGUCGGUCAAUCACAGCGUCACCUUCGUGGGAAAGGUGUGGCUCAUUGUGAUGAUCUUUCUACGCGUCCUCGUCCUCCUUUUUGCCGGUUACCCUCUUUACCAGGACGAGCAGGAGCGAUUUGUUUGCAACACCAUUCAACCGGGAUGUGCCAACGUGUGCUACGAUAUCUACUCCCCCGUCUCUCUUCUCCGCUUCUGGCUGGCGCAGCUGGUCACCCUAUGUCUGCCCUAUGUUGUCUUUACCAUCUACGUGGUCCAUGAGGUGUCAAACAGCCUCACUGUGGUCAUCGGCGUCUGUGGUCCAGGUAAAACCGCACCGCUCUACAAGAUCCAGCAGGAACUGUCCACAAAGAAGAUGGAGGAGCGAGGGUGGGUUCGAUGCUUCACCGGAGCCUACAUCCUCCAGCUGAUAUUCAGGACGUUGCUGGAGGCAGGAUUUGGGGCAGCUCACUACUAUAUGUUUGGGUUCUACGUCCCCAGGAGGUUUCUGUGCCAGAACCCUCCGUGUAUCACCCAAGUAGAUUGCUACAUCUCCAGACCCACAGAGAAGACCGUGACGCUCAACUUCAUGCUCGGCGUGGCGGCGCUGUCCCUUUUCCUGAAUAUUCUGGACUUCAUCUGCGCCAUUAAACGCCACGUGAGACGGAAGCAAAGGACGAAGAUGAUAGAGGAUGUUUUUGAGGAUGAGCAUGGAGAUCUAAACUCUUCCCAAGCUCUAGAAGUCCAGACUGAUCAAAGAGGAAGUUUCCGGAAGAGACAUGUCAGCAGAGGUUCUUCGAGAGGGAUCGAAUCAAGUCAGAAUGCGACCUCCGUCCCUCGUCCCUUGGAACCUCUGGGCUGCAACACCAACAGGAACGACGGCUACUCCGCCUCCCAGGAGGAAUCUCCAGAGAAAGAAGGCAGCGAGGUGGCACUAUGUCCCUUAGAACCGACGGGGACUCCAAAAGCUAUCUGUGUCAAUAAACGCAGCAGGCUCAAACCUCCGCCGCCCCCGAGACGGGACUUGGCGUACCGCCCUGAGCUUCUACCCAGGGCCGUCCAAGCUGAUCCUAUGGGAACAGCGGCAUGCACCAGGAGGAUUGGUCAGUACACGCUGGUGGAGCUGGGGGUUGGGUCCGACCUAUCCAACCAAGACGGUCAGGAGAAAAGAUCAGCCUGGGUGUGACUUAGUCUUUAUUUGCAAGGUUGUCAUUGGAGAGGUGAAUAGACGCGAGUGCCAGGGUCCGUAGAAACAACUGUUGGAUCAGCGCCCGGCUACCUCGUCGUCGGGCUUAGUCCAAGAUCACGUUGCCUUCUUACGAUGUACAAUGUCUGGAGUGAGAAGGUGUAACCUUGAGGCGACGCUAAAAGUGCGACCCACCAGUUGUCGCCCCUCCGGUCCUCACUGUCCACAGAGUUCAUGACCCUGACCCACAUAUCCUCACCUUCUAAUCCCAGGGUCAAAGUUGGUCUUCGGAGCUCUCGGGUCUGUUGAGUUUGUCCUUCUAGCCAGGCAGUGAGAUGGUCUCUCUGCACAAGCCAACAGAGGAUCCUCAAGUAACGAUGCAUCCCCAUAAGGCUCCGUGUUUACGUGGACAGAUUGUCACUCUAUUUUAGGGACUUGCGGAGCUCAACAUCAAUAGAAAUAGAGCCGAGCAGAAGGAGCUCUGUUUCCCGCCCUCCCCCGGGACAUCUGAUUUGGUUUCACCGUGAUCAAAGCCCACAUUUUACAAUCACCCCCCCGCCGUCUGCCACCAAAAGUCCACUCAGCCCGGUCCGCUCCGUGCACACACGAGCGGGAGUCUCGCCCGAGUCCAUCUUGCAUCUGCGCCCCGGAGAGUCGUCUUUGUGGAAGAUGAUAGUUCCUGAUCUCGUACUCUCGUGGUCUCUUUCUGUUUUGUUUUAAAGGUGGGAGCAAAAGCUCCAGGCCUCCCAGAUGCAGGUUGUCUUCCCUGGCUGGCCUGGGUGAUUGACCAUGGGGGCGGGUCUCUGUCGGACUCUUCUUGCUGCUUCAGUCACAGAAGACUUUCUAUUUAUUUGCGGAAAGUGGACUUGUGCAAUUCUUAUUUCAAGUUUGGUCUAUCGUUCAUAAUCAUUUUUAAUGCGUUCUCAUUUGUAAAUAAACACUAGCAAUAGUCAGCUAACAACAGAGUAAAGAGGUUCGCUCUAGAAAUGUAUUAUUUUUUGAAAUUUUUUAUACAUGUGUUUUUUUUAAAUUAUUUUUAAAUGUAUUUUAUAUUAAAACGGUUGUUUGUAAC